CCAAGUAACUGUCCAUUCAGUUGGCAAAAUAACUAGAUUUGGUCAUAGGAUAUCCAUUGAGACAUUUCACAUCAUGAAGCUGAGCCUGUUCUUGUGUUUUGUUGGCUGUUUGGGAUUAGGCUGGGCAGUUCCAUUGGAAGGCCUUGAAAAAAUCACACUGGAAUUCUUUCCUAACAACAGCAUGCUUUUGACAAGCUACAUGAGCACCUACUUCAUUGUGAACGUUCCCAAGUGUGUUAGCCCCAAAGGUUUUUCUCCUGUCAAAGUCAGAUUAGCAGUGGCUCAAGUUCCAGACACAAGCUCUUUGCCAGGUGUGAUAGAUACCGACGACAUUGCAAAUCUCCGCAGAACACCUCAAGCAACGAUAUAUUUUGCUGGAGAAUUUGAUAGUGUCUCCUGUAGAGCAACCAGGGAUCUUCUCGUAAUGGACAUGGAUGACAGCCAAUUUGAGCUGAUCACGGUUUUAGGCUACCAGGUGGGAGCAGAAUUUUGCCGUCAAACUAAAGGCCCAUACUGCAAUCAAGCCCUAAAGCCCUCCACAUAUUAUAGGGUGAAUUUCUUUUUUCUGGACGACAAAUCUGCAAUAAGAGCUCAUACGGAUUGGUCAACAGCUUUACAAACUAAAAAUGUGUCGGAUCAUGAAUCUGCUGAUGUGAUGUUUGGAGGACGAGCUGGAGGAAUGAUCGUAAUCACCAUUCUGGUUUCAGUUGGUGGGGCUGUCCUAGCAAUUGCCUUAAUCGUAGCAGUAGCUCUUUCAAAUAAGAAAUAACAUGUCAGGAAAGUCAGCAGGAAAGUGAAAGGACUGCAGAAUGUGAAACAAAUAAAAUAUUAAAGAAAUAGACAUGAUGAAGAAUAAGAAACAUAAUCAGAUGGAAACGUAUAUUUAUAUUUGAUCCCAUAACAACUUUACAGAUUGAUUGCUGUCUGCCACAAAUGUAAGGCCGCUUCACUCUGUUAUGCUGUUGAAAUGUUUAUUUGAAAACGUAAGGGAUGAAUGUUAAAAAUAUGCUGGAUGUCUCCCUGUCAAGUACACACUGUUGAUGACCCUGGGAUUGCGGCCAUAUGAAGAAAAGAAUAAAUAACUGUUUUGCAUCAUAGAAACUGCAUGUUUUCAUGUCAGUAGUGGACAUACCAGAGAAUUAUAAGAAAGAAAACACUCACAACAGAUGGCUUCAAGUCAACCACCUUCUGUAUGUGGAAAGUGUGCAAACUUCAUGGCUAUCUUCUGGAAGCUCGAAGGCAGACAAACUUCCAUACACUGAGAAUUUUCCAAGUUUGAGUUUGAAUAGUUUGGAUUUCUAAGUAUUGUGUUUUUAUAAAGUAAGAAAGGUCACUAUUGUCCUUCAUUACGUUAGGCAAAAGUUUGUAAAUGUCAUCAUGUAAAGUAAGAUAAAUAAUUAUAUCCUGAUAAGACCUGAAUUAAAGAAUUUAAAGUCGA